GUCAUGUCAAUGUCAUGUAACUAUUUGGUACUUUUUUGCUUAAAUGUUUCGGCUACUCGUGUUUUGAAAUUGAAAUAAGUACAGUACUUUAAAAGCACAAUGAACAAAGUAUUUUUAUAAUAAAGCACUAAACUAGUAAGUGGUUUGCUGAAUGCAAUUAAAAUUUAAGGGAAAUUUGUGUUACAUCAAUUUCUGUCACGACUAAGAUUUUGGCGGGAAGCAGCAAGUGGCUAGAACCAAAUAAUAAAACUAUUUGUCUCACAAUAACAAAAUGGACAAAAGAAAAUCAGUUAAAGGUCCGCCACCAAAGAGAUUCAAGUCGCGGGACGAUGACGAUGAAAACGAUACGCCUUGUAGUUUUGAAGAACAAUUGGCUGGAAUGGAAUGUGAAUUUGACUCGCCAAGCGCUGACGUCUUCGGUGAAGGACCUGAAAUCAAAGUCACCAAUAUGAAAUGGGCUAGGCCCACCCCUCCUGAAUUUAAUCCACAAAGCGAUAAACUUGUAUUUCAACAAUUGGAUAUUGAUAAUUAUCAUGGUCAACCGAUACAAGGUAUGCCUGGAUCACAACUUGGCCCUGUGCCUAUAAUGAGAAUGUAUGGAAUCACUACUCAAGAAAAUUCAAUAUGUUGUCAUGUCCAUGGUUUUACUCCUUAUUUCUAUGUAACAGUACCACUGAACUUUACUGAAUCAACAUGUAAUGAAAUGAAACAAAAUUUGAAUAGAGCCGUGUUAGAAGAUUUACGAUCUAAUAAAGAUGAAUUAAAAGAAGCAGUAUUGGAAGUGAGGCUUGUUAAAGCCCGAUCAAUUAUGUAUUACAAAGGGGAUACUGACAUAACAUUUGCAAGAGUCUCUGUAGCGCUUCCAAAAUUAAUUGCUGCUUGUAAGAGACUGAUUGAAAGACAACCUACAUCAUUUUGUUUAAUGGAUCCAUCUUUUUAUGAGACUAACAUUGACUUUGAUAUAAGAUUCAUGGUUGACACAUCAGUUGUUGGUUGUAGUUGGAUAGAAAUCCCAGCUGGAAAAUGGUCUUUGAGAACAAAAAAUUCAGCAAUCAAACCAGAAUCUAGAUGUCAAAUUGAAGUUGAUGUAGCAUGGAAUGCAUUUAUUGCUCACCAGCCAGAGGGUGAAUGGUCUAAAGUUGCACCGAUACGAAUUUUAAGCUUUGAUAUUGAAUGUGCUGGUCGAAAAGGUAUUUUUCCAGAACCUAACCAUGACCCUGUUAUUCAAAUUGCAUCUAUGGUAAUUAGACAGGGAGAAACUGAACCUUACCUGCGAAAUGUCUUUACUUUGAAUACUUGUGCCCCUAUAGUAGGAUCCCAAGUGCUUAGCUUUCAGACAGAGUCGGAAAUGCUUGGGAAAUGGGCAGAGUUCUUUCGUGAAUUGGAUCCUGAUAUAAUAACUGGCUAUAAUAUAAGCAACUUUGAUUGGCCUUAUCUUAUAAAUAGAGCUAAGUAUUUGAAAGUUAAUAAUUUUGAUUAUUUAGGACGUAUUAAAAAUGUCAGAUCUGUAAUUAAGGACUCUAUUCUUCAGUCCAAACAAAUGGGCCGCCGAGAGAAUAAAAGUAUUAAUUUUGAAGGUAGAGUCCCUUUUGAUUUACUCUUAGUGUUGGUUAGAGACUAUAAAUUGCGUUCAUACACAUUAAAUGCUGUUAGUUACCACUUCUUACAAGUCCAAAAAGAAGAUGUACAUCACAGCAUUAUCACAGAUUUGCAGAAUGAAAAUGAACAAACAAGGAGAAGAUUGGCAAUGUACUGCCUCAAAGAUGCUUAUUUACCUUUAAAAUUAUUAAACAAACUGAUGUGUAUUGUUAAUUAUAUGGAAAUGGCAAGAGUAACUGGUGUUCCCUUGCUAUGUUUGCUUACUAGAGGUCAACAAAUAAAAGUAGUCAGUCAACUACUAAGAAAAGCUAAAGAUGCUGGUUAUUUAAUGCCAGCAUACCAUGGCCAAGGAUCAGAUGACCAGUUUGAAGGAGCUACUGUCAUUGAACCGAAAAGAGGUUAUUAUGCUGAUCCUAUAUCUACUCUAGAUUUCGCAUCUUUGUACCCUAGCAUUAUGAUGGCUCAUAAUUUAUGUUAUACAACUUUGGUUCCUCCAAAUAUGCACAAAGAAUUUGAUGCUGAUGAUGUGACAACUACUCCAUCUAAAAAUAUGUUUGUUAAAGCAAAUGUGAGAAAAGGGUUACUUCCAGAGAUUUUGGAAUCUUUACUUGCAGCCAGAAAAAAAGCAAAGGCAGAUUUAAAGGAAGAAACAGAUCCUUUCAAAAGGUCUGUUCUGGAUGGCAGACAGUUAGCAUUAAAAAUUAGUGCUAACUCUGUAUAUGGAUUUACUGGUGCUCAGGUUGGAAAAUUACCUUGUUUAGAGAUUUCAGGUAGUGUGACAGCUUAUGGGCGAACUAUGAUAGAGUUUACAAAGUCUGAAGUAGAAAAGAAAUACACAAAAAGCAAUGGAUACAAAGAAGAUGCUGUGGUAAUAUAUGGUGACACAGAUUCUGUAAUGGUCAAAUUUGGAGUAAAAACACUUGAAGAGAGCAUGGAACUUGGCAAAGAUGCUGCCGAAUUUGUAUCAUCGAAGUUUGUUAAACCUAUUAAGUUAGAAUUUGAAAAAGUCUACUAUCCAUACUUACUUAUAAAUAAAAAAAGAUAUGCUGGUCUCUAUUUUACGAAGCCCGAUAAAUAUGACAAAAUGGAUUGUAAAGGUAUUGAAACAGUAAGACGAGACAACUGUCCUCUGGUUUCAAACAUGAUGAGCACUUGUCUUCAAAAAUUACUCAUAGACAGAGAUCCAGAUGGGGCUGUAAACUAUGCUAAACAAAUAAUAUCAGAUUUGUUGUGUAAUCGCAUUGACAUAUCUCAAUUGGUUAUAACAAAAGAACUUACAAAGAAUGAUUAUGCUGCUAAGCAAGCGCAUGUAGAAUUAGCUAAUAAAAUGAAAAAACGUGACCCUGGUACAGCACCCAAACUUGGUGAUAGGGUACCAUAUGUUUUAACAUGUGCUGCAAAAAAUACUCCAGCAUACAUGAAAGCUGAAGACCCAAUAUAUGUUCUAGAAAACAGUGUUCCUAUAGAUUUCAAUUAUUACAUGGAGAAUCAACUGUCAAAACCACUGUUAAGAAUCUUUGAACCUAUUCUGGGCGAUAAAGCUGAAUCCCUUCUUCUAAAAGGAGAACACACUAGAACUAAAGCUAUGGUUACAUCUAAAGUUGGAGCAUUGGCUGCUUUCACUAAAAAGAAAGAAAAAUGCAUAGGUUGUAAAACAGUUUUGCCUGAUAAUACAAAGAAAGCUCUCUGCAAUCAUUGUUUAGACAAAGAAGGUCAAUUGUAUAUAACUGAAGUAUUCAAAUUAAGACAACUUCAAGAAAAAUUCUCUAGGCUUUGGACAGAAUGUCAAAGAUGCCAGGAGAGUUUACACGAAGAGGUGUUGUGUACAAAUAGAGAUUGCACAAUUUUUUACAUGAGGAAAAAGAUGGGAAUGGAACUUGAUACCCAAGAAAAAAACGUUCUGAGAUUUGGUGAACCAAUAUGGUAGUUUUGUUACAUUUUUUUUGUCUUAUAUCAUGUUAAGCUAAAAGUUUAGAAUAUAUUUAAGUGGAAAAAUAAAAUUUUAAAUUUUAAA